AUGACCUACUUCCGCAUCACCCUCAUCCGCUCCGCCAUCGGCCUUCCCCGACGAACAACAGGUGUCUUAAUGGCCCUCGGUCUCAAAAAACGCAUGCAAACCGUUUUCUACCCCGUAACGCCUGACGUGGCUGGACAGAUCAUGAAGGUGAAAGAACUGGUAUCGGUGCGGGAGGUUGAGAAGCCGCUGACGAAGCUAGAGGUGCAUUUGGAGCGGAAGCCGGAUCCGGGAUAUUACGUGGAGAAGACCGCAGAGGAGGUGUUUAGGAUGAAGAGAGAGGCAUGA